AUGGAAGCGACGAGAAGAGGGGGGAGGAACCGGCGGAGGGGCCAGAGUCCCUGGUUUGGGAAGGGAGCGGCGGUUCCGUCCGGAGCCUCGAAGGAGGAGGGGACGUGGGCGGAGGAGAGGGACAUAUUUGAAGGGCCUCGCGAGAGCCAGACGAGGUCCGCCAUUUCAAAUGUGGAUCGGAUUUCAGUCACGUGGGACGCACAUGCUUGGCAAGGGCGAUCGCCGGACUACGAUCAAUCGACCGCGUUUCCGCUGUUUGUAGUAGCCACCAGUCCACCGUCGCCGGCGAGUAAUAGGUGGCCCUUGUGCUGUUUCUCUACCUCCGGCCAGCAUAUCGAUUCCGAGAGGAACGAGGCCGUAGGUCCCCUUCUGGAGCGCGUCAGGGCCUUCAAGAUCGCGCCACCGCUUCUGAACUCGCUGCCUUCAAUGGAAUCCGGCUUAUCAGAUAUUCUUGUUAGAAAACUCUCCUCAUCGUCCUCGGCACUUUGAAUCCGAAGGUUCUGUCAGAGCUCUUCUCCGUGUACUGCAAGUCGCAGGAAGAGAAGGCUAGUAAAAUCAGUAAGAAGCAGAAGAGAUCGAGAACAAGAUUGAUACUGC